CGCGACUCCAUCAUUGGGCAUCUCACGAUACUAAGUUUGACAAGGAAGUCAUCAUAAUGUGACACGCCAUCGGAAGCUGCACCCAACGACGACUCUGUCCUGCGUACAAGCUUCCUGUCAGUGAUCUGAGAUGCCAUUCCACUGUACCUAAGCAACCACAUCCCGUCGCACGUCGUCUAUCGUCACCACAGUCUCCACAAUAUCACAACACCAAGCACAUAUCGUACCGUUUCCACCGUCAUCACAACAACAACAACAACAACAACGGGCAAAAGAGUUCUAGAUGGAGCAGAAACAACCAGAUGGCAAGAUCGGCAUACGCAAACGCCUAAAGCACUUUACGUUCGCCUGGUUCCUCUCUACAAUGAGUACGGGGGGUCUGGCUCUAGCCCUCGCCGAUACACCGCAUCAAUUCCCUGGCCUCUACCAUAUCGGUCUAACCAUGUUCUUGGCCAACAUACUACUCUUCCUCGUGCUCUGCACCUGCACAGUCCUGCGGCUCAUCCACCAUCCCGCACACUUUGCAUCCUCGUUUCUGCACCCGCAGGAAUCCCUCUUCCUAGGCUCCUUCUGGCUCUCUCUGAGCGUGAUCCUAGCCGGUAUCCAAACCUAUGGUAUCACGCACGGUCCUUUUUCUUCUUCUUCUUCUUCUUCUUCUUCUUCUUCUCCGCCCUACCCUUGGCUUGUCGACGCUGUGCACGUCUUAUAUUGGGUAUACGCUGCUUUGUCUCUGGCGAAUAGCAUAUUCCAGUACUGGAUCCUUAUUGCGUAUAGUAAGCUAAGGCCGGUGCCAUACUUGCCUAGUAUUUUCCUAGCGGGGUAUUCAGCCAUGUUGACGGGCACGGUGGCGAGUAUGGUUGCGGGCACGCAGCCGGCCCAUCGCGUCAUGGGGGUUGUGGUGAGUGGGGUUGCGUAUCAGGGGUUUGGAUGGUGUAUCAGCUUCAUUGCUGUUGUGGCAUAUGUGAGGAAUGUGUUGGAUCUUGGGUUUCCUCCUGCUGCGCAAUUGCGCCCGGGCUUGUUUAUUCCCGUGGGGAGUUGUGCGUAUACGAUUGUUGCGUUGAUUGGUCUUGCGAAUGCGGUUUCGGAGGAUGCGAGUUACUUUGUGAGACAUCCUGCUGCGCCUGAGAUACUACGUGUCCUAGCAUUGUUUACAGGUAUCUUCCUGUAUGUGUUUGCUUUCUGGCUUUUUGCUAUUGCGUUUUUGGGGAACGUCGGUGUUGUUGGUAAGAUGCCAUUUAGUCUGACGUGGUGGGCUUUCAUCUUCCCGAAUGUGGGGUUCACGCUUAGUACAAGUGUGCUGGGUAGAGAGUUGGAGAGUGAGGGCAUACUGUGGGUGGCGAGUGUGAUGACCGCUCUACUGGUAGUGACCUGGUUGGUGACGCUCGUGGGAUGUGUCAGGGCUGUUUGGAAGAGAGAGAUUGUAUGGCCGGGGAGGGAUGAGGAUAAGAAUCGUUGACCACAGGAAUCAUGACCAAUGCCGAAGAUGAUGAUCAAAAUAAUCAUGAUUGAUCUGAUCCGUCCAAGAGACGACGCAUUCAGCUACUUUACCACGUGGUAUGAAUUUAUCCAGCCCCACGGAGUAAUUUACG